AUGGCCCCCAGAUCCCACCUCCUCGUCGCCACCGCAGCCGCCGUGGCUGUGAUGCUUGUUUUCUUCCCCAUGUCGUCGGAGGCCAGCCAGCUGAACACGUACGAAGGCCCCGGCUGCACCGGGCGAUGGACGGCAUGCUUUGAUCGCACGUGCUGCAACGUCACCUACACCGGAAGCUACCGCUUCUACUACAACGACGGCUGGCCCGCCUACAUCUACAGAGGUAACCGCGUGUGCAACGGGAACCCCGACGCGGUUUUCAGGAGCAGCGUGGACUGCACGAACGGCUUCCCCUACCAGAGCAUCAAGCAAACUGACACUGCUCCUUAA